AUGCCCUCUUGGCCCAAUCUCUCGGAGGGCCUGUCCCAUAACUUCAGCUGGGAGGAGACCCACAACACCACAAGGAACGCUGACCUUGGCCUGCCUCCUCUCAAUUACUACUCAAUCCCUCUCCUCACGGCCAUCACCAUCGCCUGCACGCUGCUGUUUCUGGUCGGUGUGACCGGGAAUGUCAUGACCAUUUUGGUGGUCAGCAAGUACCGGGACAUGCGCACUACCACCAACCUGUACCUGUGUAGCAUGGCCGUAUCCGACCUGCUCAUCUUCCUCUGUAUGCCACUGGACCUCUACCGUAUGUGGAGGUACAGGCCCUGGCGCUUUGGGGCCGCGCUCUGCAAGCUCUUUCAGUUCGUGUCAGAGUCAAGUACCUACUCCACCAUCCUGAGCAUCACCGCGCUGUCAGUGGAGCGCUACCUGGCCAUCUGUUUCCCGCUGCGUGCCAAGGCCCUGGUUACCAAAAGACGGGUGCGUGCCCUCAUUCUUCUACUCUGGACAGUGUCUCUAUUGAGCGCCGGGCCUGUGUUUGUCAUGGUGGGAGUGGAGCGUGACAGCAUGGGGCCACAUUUCAGUUCGGAGAUGAAUGACACUGACUUCUCCCUGGAGGCCGGGGACACCCGGGAGUGUAAGAUGACGCACUACGCAGUGGAGUCAGGCCUGAUGGGGGCCAUGGUGUGGUUGAGCUCUGUUUUCUUCUUCAUGCCGGUCUUCUGUCUCACAGUGCUCUACAGCCUCAUAGGCCGGCGGCUGUGGCAGAGACACAGAGAGACAAGCAUCAGCUCCCGCGUGGCUCACCGGGACAAAAGCAACAGACAGACCAUCAAGAUGCUUGUGGUGGUGGUGCUGGCCUUCGUCCUGUGCUGGUUGCCUUUCCAUGUGGGUCGCUACCUGCAGUUCCGCUCUCUGGACGCUCCGUCCCCGCUGCUGUCUCUGUUGUCCGAGUACUGCAGUUUGGUGUCCGUUGUUCUCUUCUACCUGAGUGCCGCCAUUAACCCCAUCCUUUAUAACACAAUGUCCUGGAAAUACCGGGGCGCAGCGGCACGCCUCUUCGGCCUGGCCGACAGCCAGCCGUCACGAGGCCGCACAGCCAGCACCAUGAAGGGAGACGGCUCGAACGGCUGGACGGAAUCCACAGUCAGCUUCUAA